AUGCAGUGUUUCUUAUGUAUUAUGUAUUUGAUAAUUACGUGCAGCGCUUAUCCAUCAAUCAAUCGAGAAUCAUCCAAAAAGUAUGAAAGACGCUCUCUUUUCCAUGAUGUUAUUGAGUCACUCAGAUUAAAAGUACAAAUUCCUGAGGAGUUCUCAAACGAUGAGAAUAAACUUGAACACAGUUAUGAAAUAUACCUCGAUAACGAUUCACUUCAACAACCAAGGGACGUUGAAUUCAUACCGAGGCGAAAUGACAGAGUUGAAAUGCCGACAAGAAACUUUCGCCUUCCAAAACACUUAGAUUUUAAUGAAACUAAAGAAGCCAAAGAAGAAAUAGUAUUGUACGUCAAUACACCAAACGAUUCUACAUCAUCUACUACUAAAAAACCGAAAAAUACUAAACGACCAAAGCCUAUAGCAACUAAAGAUAAGAAUAUACUAAAAAUAAAUGACGAUGAAGAACAAAACCAAGUCAAAGAUAAACCUUAUAUGAAUUCAUUGGCGGGCCAAAGUCAAAUUGGGAAUCGUGAGUCCCAAAUGGUUGUCAAACCCACGGUAAUUGUAAACUUCAGGGGUUCUGUAAGUCACAAAGAAAGUGAUAUUCGAUUAGAAAGACAAAAAAAUAACAAUGACACAUUUGAAGUACCGAAUAAUAUUUUUAAUAUAAAUCAAGAAAUUAACCUUGAAAGCACAAAUUCCGAACAGUCUAGUACAGGUGAAGCUGAAACAUUGCCAAGUAAAGUUAAACAAAACGUUAAAAUUGCUACAGAAAGAGAGAAUACAGAUGAAGAUUUGAUGAUGUGUGAAACAUCAUCAUGGAAUGACAACGAAAGGAAAAGACGCGGAGUUGAUAUGUUACAAAUUGUUGUUAACGUGUAG